AUGAAUACCAAAACAUGGCUUGCCGUUUAUGCAAUUCUAAUUGUCCUAAUUUUUGGACAUGUCCAAGUGACAAAAGCUGCGACUUGCGACGUAUCACGGCUGACUCCAUGUGCCCCGGCUAUAGCGUCUAAUAGCACGCCAAGCACUGAUUGUUGUGCCAGGUUAAAGGAACAGCAGCCUUGUCUCUGCCAGUACUUGAAGAACCCUCUCCUCCAAACUUACAUCAAUUCCCCUGGUGCCAAAACAGUUGCCGCCGCUUGUAAAACCACCAAGCCGAAAUGCUAA